AUGACCGGCGGUCAGCAAGCAUUAGCUCAUGCACCGUAUUUCGUUCAAGCGUAUUUAUUCCUCUUCUUCAUCAGCUUCUGCGUCUGUACUCAAGCUUACGAUUAUAUUAGUCGAAGGUCGCAGCCAAUUCAACGCCAGAACUACCAAUAUAAAGAACUUAUAAAUAUGUAUGAAUCGCGUAAUUUAGAGUUUGGCUUCCCUAGUGAAUCCGAGCGGCAGGCAACACUGCGUGAUGGGCGUUACAAUCCAGAUAGCCCGUUACCAAUCGAUGUGGAUGUUUAUUAUUCACCGCGAUAUAGGGGGCCAACGAUUUUUAUUACAAUACCACGUUUUGGCAAAGGCGUGCCCUAUUCGCUGGCCUAUCUAACAAAUGUUCGAAGACCAAAUGGCACAGAGCUGCAGCCGUAUCCUAGUUAUGAGUGGCAUUGGUCACAUGGCAGAGACUGCAAUGGGCUUACCUCAGUUUGCCGCGUCCAUAUUGAUCCCUGUGGCAGAAUGUGGAUCCUCGAUAGUGGCGAGAUAGAUAAUACCCAAUAUUGUUCGCCCCAAAUCGUUGUCAUUGAUUUAGCUACAAACAAAGCGCUACAUCGCUAUCGUCUACCUGAAGCUAUGUUCAAACGCAGCAUCAGUCGCUUUGUUACACCAUAUGUGGAUGUACUGGAUCCACCACCACAUGGGCGUUGCCAAAGAAUCUUCGUUUAUAUGGCGGAUGCAACUGGGUUUGGUAUUGUGGUCUAUGACGUGCAGAGAGCGCUGUCAUGGCGCAUUGAAAACAAAUACACCUACCCCGAUCCGGAUUUUAGUACACAUACUAUCGCGGGUGAGAGCUUUGAGCUUCUAGAAGGUACAAUUGGGCUAUCUGUAACGCCAAUAGAAUUGGGUGUCCAACGUUGGCUUUAUUUCCAUUCGUUUUCGAAUGAUGCACAAGUGGCAAUUCCAUUGGACAUCGUCAACAAUAGCACAUUUUGGGAGAACGGCUUAAGUUCAGCUAUAUCAAAUCAUAUAUUGCUCGGCAAGCGUGGCGUACAAUGCGCUGCAUCUGCGAUGACAUCAAAUGGUGUGCUUCUGUGUGGGCACUACGCACCCAUUGGACUAUUUGGCUGGAAUAUUCUUACGCCCUAUGCAGCACAAAAUCGUUUCUUGCUGGCUGAGAAUCCUAAUACGCUGCAAUUUGUUAGUGGUCUGAAGGUGAUAACAAAUCGGUUGGGUAAAGAAGAGGUAUGGAUGCUGUCGAAUCGUAUACAAAAGGCUUUUACUGGCAGAAUCAAUUACAAUGAGAUUAACUAUCGGAUAAUGCGGUGUGGUGUUGAUGAAUUGCUGCUGGGAUUGCCUUGUUAAUCCUUGUAAAGGAAAUAAAGAAAAGGAGUUGAGUGAGGUACGCCCAAGGCAUACUUACUUGUAUAUAUUUAUACCACUUGCUGUACAAAUGUAUUGUUAGAGUUAUAUUAAAGUUAGUAUACAUCGAUGAGAUGCAAUUGAAAAUUUAUUGAUUUUGCAGAUCGAAUCUCUUUUAUAUAUACUUUCAAGUGAAUCAGUCAAAGCAGUAGGAUAAUUUGUUGUAUUGAAUUAAGUUGCUUAGUAUUGGGAGCCAGAGUAUACGCAAAUAAUAACAAAGCUAGUUGUAAUCAAAGCAAAAUACAUACAUACAUAGUAAGCAAAAGCUUGUUUAAUAAGAAACUAAAAAGCGAAUUA